AUGGCCUCUAAGGCGGCUCACAACGCGACUCCCAAGGGGGCUGCCCAAACCGGGCCGAGGCCCGGGUCCCCAAAGGGGGCUCCCAAAAAGGCCCCCCAAAGGCCCCUUCAAGAGAAAGGGUCCCAAAGGGGGGUGCCCAAACGGCCCCCAAAGAGGCCCCCCAAGGGUGGGGCCCAAAGGGUCCCCCAAAAAGGCCCCAAGGGAAAUCCCAAAGGGACCCCCAAGGUGCUCCCAAGGCUGGUUCAUCGGCUCCCAAAGAGGCCCCCAAGGCGACUCCCAAGGCGACUCCCAAGGCGACUCCCAAAGGGGACUCCCAAAAGGGGACCCCCCAAGGCGGGCCCCCCAAAAGGGGGGUCCCCAAGGCUGGGCCCAAAGGGGGUUCCCAAGUGGCUUUCCCGGGGGGGGUUCCCGAGUAGACGGACAAAAAAGUUUUCCCCCAAUUCGUCACCUACCGGGGGAAAGUCCCCAAGGAGCACCAAAGGUCUUGGUCUACAAAAAUUAAAGGGCAACUGCGGGGGAAAGCCCAAAAUAAAGAUGAACUUGCCACCCAAGGGAGGGCCCCCUUUAGAUGCCCUCCGAAAAACUUUUAAAAAGAUCAAGGGGACAGUAAAAUAA